GUGGGACUACCGUCCUGCUCCUUUGCUUGGCUUGCAGUCUUCACAGCACCUCUUGUUUUUGUGUGUGUGUGAGCCGCCACUUGGACACUUCACGCGACUGGAGAAAUUCACGGAGAAAUUAGCUCGUCGGCUUCGUGGGAAGAGCGAAGGACAAGUUGUGGACGAAUGAAGAGACGUUGUUUUGAGAGGAGGGAGGCAGACUGCCUGGCUGUCUUUACUUCCAACCAGCGUUAAAGCUACUUUGAUGCAGCCGCUUAGCUAACAAGCUAACUGUGAAUGUUUUCAGAAACUAGCCAGUCUAUUAGCUUGCUAGCUAGCCAAAUCGGAUGGGCAACUUCGCUGUAUAGAUUUAGCAAAGGGUUAUAAUGGUAACGUUACGUUUAUCUUCCUGUACGUUGAGUGAAAGAACUGUGGCAACGUCUUGCCCGCUUGGUUGCUAAUUUCCAGAAGGGACAAUAGUUAACAGUCCAGGCAACAAGUCUGGCACACACUGCUGCUGCAACGUUACCCAAGUUUGUACUCAUUGUGUGCCAUGUUAUUAGUGGCAGUUUGGGUCUAGUUAGCUAAACAUGAGCACUGUGUGGUGAAAAUGAGCGUUUGAGCACCGUAUAGAUGAGGGUAUACAAAGGGGUGCCACUUUAACGUUAGAUCCCCGUUUCUAAGUGGAUCGGGUCCCUGUUGUGCAGUAGAAACUGAUAGUCGACACAACUAUUGACGAGGAGGCGAGGUGGAUGAACAUUAUAAAUCGCCCACAUGCUUUGGAUCAGUUCCCGGACUUGCGAAAGGUAUCUGAAGCAGAAGGUGGGAGACGUGAGCGCACAGCCCUUGCAGCCCGGGGGAAGAUGGCGGAGCGUUCCCGCAGGAGGUGGUGAAGCCAAAACUUGGGGACUUCUUGGAUUUAUCGCCAGACAUCUUAUCCCAGAUCGUAGGACACAUGCAGGCCAAAAAACGGUACUUAACUCUGUUCUCCGCCGGCGCGUGUCUCAUUCUGUUGUUUUGUUUUGGGGGGAUACAAGUCCCGCUAUCCAGACGGGGUCCCAGCCGGCGUGAUGACCGCAGCCUCACCGGUUAUCACCCCGGGGCGCGGUGGCGUCGCUUCCCGGGGCCCCUGCAGCCUUUCAGCCCCUGGGAGCAAGACCGGACUGAUAAUCACAAUGAACACAUAUCUCCAAGACAGAAGAGGGACGCCAACUCAGGCGUUUACACUGGAAAACGCUGCAGAAUGGACUCCUGCUUUGAUUUCUCCCUUUGUAGGAAGAAUGGGUUCAAAGUUUACGUCUACCCCCAGCAGAAAGGGGAGAAGAUGUCAGAGAGCUAUCAGAACAUCUUGUCCUCUAUUGAAGGAUCCAUGUUCUACACACCCGACCCAGGACAGGCAUGCCUGUUUGUCCUGAGUUUGGACACACUGGACCGGGACCAGCUUUCACCCCAGUAUGUGCACAACUUGAAAGCAAAAGUCCAGAGCCUUCAUCUGUGGAAUGGGGGCAAAAACCACAUCAUCUUUAACUUGUACUCUGGCACCUGGCCAGACUACACAGAAGAUCUUGGCUUUGAUAUCGGCCUCGCCAUGUUGGCCAAGGCCAGCAUCAGCACUGAGAACUUUAGGCCCAACUUUGACGUUUCUAUCCCUCUUUUCUCUAAAGACCACCCAAGGACAGGAGGGGAAAGGGGUUACCUGAAACAUAACACCAUCCCCCCUUAUAGGAAGUACAUGCUUGUUUUUAAGGGGAAGAGGUACCUAACUGGAAUAGGUUCAGACACAAGGAACGCUUUAUAUCAUGUUCAUAACUCAGAGGAUGUGGUCCUCCUCACAACCUGUAAGCAUGGGAAGGACUGGCAGAAGCACAAAGAUGCGCGCUGUGAUAAAGACAAUGCAGAGUAUGACAAGUAUGACUACAGAGAGAUGCUAUACAACUCCACAUUCUGCCUGGUACCUCGAGGACGACGGCUGGGUUCUUUUCGCUUCUUAGAGGCUUUACAGGCAGCUUGUGUGCCAGUGAUGCUAAGUAAUGGCUGGGAGCUGCCCUUCUCAGAGAUCAUCGACUGGAAUACGGCAGCUGUGAUUGGGGAUGAAAGGCUGCUACUACAGAUCCCCUCAACAGUGCGCUCCAUCCACCAGGAUAAGAUCCUGUCCCUUAGACACCAGACCCAGUUCCUAUGGGAGGCUUAUUUCAACUCUGUGGAGAAGAUAGUACUGACCACACUGGAGAUCAUCCAGGACCGGGUACUGCAGCACACAUCAAGGAGUAACCUCAUGUGGAACAGUCUGCCUGGAGGUCUUUUCACCCUGCCUCAGUACUCUACAUACUUGGGAGACUUCCCCUUCUACUACGCUAAGCUGGGUAUUAAACCAUACACCAAGUUUACAGCAAUCAUUUAUGUGGUGAGCCCACUGGUCUCCCAAUCCCAGCCAGUCAUGAAGCUGCUUGUGGCCGUGGCCAAAUCUCAGUACUGUGCUCAGGUGAUAGUUCUGUGGAACUGCGACAAGCCUCUUCCUGCCAAGCACCGCUGGCCCGUCACAUCAGUCCCUGUCAUUGUUAUAGAAGGCGAAAGCAAGGUAAUAAGCAGUCGUUUUCUGCCCUACGACACCAUCCCCACUGAUGCUGUACUCAGUCUGGAUGAGGACACCGUGCUCUCCACCACAGAGGUGGACUUUGCCUUCACAGUAUGGCAGAGUUUCCCAGACCGCAUUGUUGGUUACCCAGCCCGCAGCCACUUCUGGGACAGCAACAAGGAGCGCUGGGGGUACACGUCCAAAUGGACCAACGACUACUCCAUGGUGCUGACUGGGGCUGCCAUUUAUCACAAAUACUACCACUACUUGUACACCACCUACCUUCCAGCCAGUCUGAAGGCCAUGGUUGACCAGAUGUCAAACUGUGAGGACAUCCUGAUGAAUUUUCUGGUGUCCUCUGUGUCUAAACUACCACCCAUCAAGGUCACCCAGAAAAAACAAUACAAGGAGACUAUGAUGGGACAGAGCUCCCGGGCGUCUCGCUGGGCUGACCCGGACCAUUUUGCCCAGCGUCAGACCUGCAUGAACAAGUUUGCCAGCUGGUUUGGCACCAUGCCCCUGGUCCAUUCUCAGAUGAGGCUGGACCCAGUGCUGUUCAAAGACCAGGUGUCCAUACUGCGGAAAAAGUACAGGGACAUCGAGAGGCUAUAACCCUCCAAAGCCCCCUCGCUCUCUGGACACAACAAAGACAGAGCGAAGGGGCGGACACGUUGAGAAACGCAGAGCCUUCCAUGAGUGCAUGGCUGCAUCAGUGGAGAAGCAAGUGGGAUUGAGUACAGGGAGAGAGGAGGAAAAAGAAACUGGAACAGAUGUGGAGGACGCCACAUUCGUUGUGUCCAUUUCUCCUUUCUACCCUUUCUCUUUUGUGUUUUGGGGGAUAGCUGAGCACACAGUCCCUCUAUAUACACUAUGACUACCACCGACUGAAGGACACCUGAGGACUUUAAAACUGCUCGACUUUGAACAGAAGUGGUCAAAGUCAUGGAGUUGAAAAUCAUAGCUUGCUGCUUCAGUGUCCCAACAGUGGCAAACCACUCUCAACUCCAACCCAUUGAAAAAAAAGACUGUCUGUUCUGCUCUGUACACUCUACACAGGCUCCUGAACAUUUUUUGCUGAAAGAAUAUUAUUGAUAAUUAUGACUAUGAAGAGGUAACACUAUUUUGGAUUGUGUUUAGCUAUUUUUUUUAUACAGUGAAUGAAUGGCCAGCACUGCUCUCUCUGUAUUGUCUUAAUUAAAACCAAUAACAGGGCGGGUGAAGAGAGGAACGACAACCCCUCAACCACAGAACUGAGUUAUGAUCAUUGAUCUGAUAUUCACAGUGCCUCAAGUUUAUCUACUGGCGUUGGGAUCUGGGAGUGUGAGUAAAAGACAUGGUGCAGAAUGAGCACCUUGAUCUUGCUGCUUUGUUUUUGUUUUUCAUGAUUUGCUUUAUAAUUAAUGGAAUAGUGGAUCUUGUAGUGAAUUCUUCAGGUCAGCAUUCACAUUUCUUCCUUGCUGAAAUAUAAUGAAAAUUGAUUUUCAUUCAGUUGAUUAAAUUAUCAUUGUGUGUCAUCCUGAUCAUUUUUUACCUGGAAAACUACAACAGUGUCACACAACUAGCUAAAUUUCACUUGAUCAGAUAUCCACAGGAACUGAGGAGAAAUUGAGACUAAAUUCAAUGGAAUUCCCUUUUUUUAUUUUAGGAAGAAGUCUUUUCACAUCUCUUUUCCAUUUGCAACGGCUUUGAUGACGAGGCAGAAUUGGUACUUGAAUACGUGCUGGCCUGAAGAACAACAAAAGAUCACAAGAGUUGCCUUGGUUAAGGGAGCCCGAGCUUGCCAAUUGAGCCAACCAAUGGUCUGUUAGAAACACAAACCACUGUGAAAACUAGGGAUCUCUUUGGGCUGGGUUAGCAAGGGAUAUUUAUAUACAAGUAUUGUUUUUAUGCCAUAGACCCAAUUUCAUUUAGUCCACUGACAAGCUUUGGCAGCAGCCUUGGGUGACAGGUACUCAACAUGGGCUAACACUGCUUUCAGCUAGGAGUAUCAAGCAGUGCUUGAUGCUUUCACAGUCAAAGUUGGCAUCAUACUUAAUAGAUUACUGUAUUUUUCCUGCUCGUUACAAACAAAUGUGACCAUUACGACAAGAAUUUUCAUCAAGUAUUUGUGAUACUGUCAAAAGGCAUCGGGAAGAAAUUUGGAGAAAUGCUCUAUUAAGUAAUUAUUCUCAUUUGUGGUAUUUCUUGAACAUAAUUACAUGUAAUUAGAAGCCUUUCAGUUUUGCAGAUUGCUAAUUUGUAUCUCUGAUAAUCACAGAUUUAAACAGCCAUUCAUUUCAGAGAGAUUCAGAUUGGCAUUGUGCUUGGGCAACAUUUAAGAGGCAAAAUGUAAAAUCAGGAUGUUCAAGUAUGUCUUAUAAAUAUUUUGAUCAAUUUCUAUAUGUAGAUUUGUAUCUGAUCUACUGCAAAUCAGUACAUUGAAUGCCAAGUGUCAGUGGAACAUGAAAUUGAGUUUUUCUGCAUAUGGAUCAGGAGGCUAACACAGAAACUAACAACCACGCUUCGUUUUAUUUCUGCCUUGAUACGUCAUAUCUGGUUCUCUGAAAAAUGUCAACAGAAUUUGAUGAAUGUGCACCUGUGUUUAUAACUGAGUGCAGCAUCAUUUUAAAGUGUAUCUGUCCAUCAAGUAUCCAUGUAAAGCCAGCAACAUCUCUAUAGAAGUCUAUCCACAGCUGCCCUGACACCUCUGAUAGCCUCAGCCUCUUUUUUGAGGAAGAUGAUCAUUUUGGUGAGCUUCUUCAUUCUGUACCCUUCACCCCAAUGUGUGCCAAUAGAUCAUGUAUGAUUUUUUUAUAUUUUUUUCAUCUGAUGUAAGGAAUGCCAUGCAUUCCCAUUUUUAUUUGGUUCAUUAAAAGUAUUUCCUGUCUAUAUAAGAAAGCAGAAUGUGUGAUACAGAGAGGGGGAAAGGGAAGGAAAGAGUGUUUGUGUGAGAGAAGGUUGCUGCAUGGUGUUUUUUUCACUUCUGAGAAUGCAUUAUCAGCUCGACAGCAAAUAAACAAUCCUAGUAUGACUAAACACAGCGCUAUCAAGACAACUGAAUAUGGUCGUAAACAGAGUCACAUUGCAGAAAUGAACUUGGUGCAAUAUUUAAGAUGACAUUGUCUCUAUCUUUUUCUCUUCUCCUUCCUUAUGUUGUUGUUUUGGAGGGCAGGGGGUUAUAUAUUGAUGUGCCUUCAAAAGAAAUACACUUCAUAGUUUUUUUCCCCAUCUGCCUUGUGCAAGAAGCAGGUCUGUGUUCUCAUUUCAUAGUCGGUUAUUUUUUUCUUUAUCAAUAUCCAGUAAUGCAUAAUGGCUCCAUGAAUGAUAUUGUUUAACACUGGAAUGCUACUAAGACCUAUCACCACACAUAUACUGACAUUCCUGCCUUCUCUGUUGUAGGAACUUUUUUUAACACAUACUGCCUUGUAUUACUGUACCUUCUGUUUGUCACAAGUAUAGUAAUACAUGUAACACACACAUAAUUCUCUCUAAUACACAGUAUUUAUCAGACAGGAUUGCGUCCCAACUGAAUCUCUGCCUGCUUCCUUCCCUCUCUUCCGUAACUGCAGACCUAAUUUUAUAGAGAUUAAAAUGGAAAGAUAGAGCAAAAAUCACAAUUUUGUAAAAGAAUUUUAUAAAAACAAAACAAUAAAAAAAAUCAAUGAAGAAAA